UUCCAGCCGCGCCAAACCUUCGACGUCUCGCCCAACAUACCCCGCUCCUUCUACCUGGGCCACCACCACGCCGGCCUGGCCCGCAUGCGCCAAACCCUCUCCAACAUCGGCCUGAUCAUCGAGUGCCGCGACUUCCGCGUGCCGCUGACCUCGUGGAACCCGCUGCUGGAGCGCUCCCUCGCCGCCGCCGCCAACCCGUCCGAGCGCGCCCGCAUCAUCGUCUACACCCACCGGGACCUGGCGCCGUCCACGCGCGCCGCCGCGACCGCCGCCGCCCGCCUCCGCGACUUCCACCUCGCCCACCGCCACGCCGCCGCCGUGCUGUUCACCGGCGCGGGGCCGUCCCACGCCCGCGCCACGCGCGACCUGCUCGACGCCAUCAAGCACGUCGCGCGCGCCCGCGACGCCCUCACCGGCACGCGCGCGCUCGUCGUCGGCAUGCCCAACGCGGGCAAGUCGACGGUGCUGAACGCGCUGCGGCGGCGGGCGAGCACCAGCACCAGCAAGAAGGUGGCCAAGGUGGCGCGCACGGGCGCCAACCCGGGCGUGACGCGCAGGCUGAGCUCGCCCGUGCGCAUCGUCGGGCCCGAGGGGUCCGAGGAGGGCGACGCGGGCGUCGGCGAGGGCGUCUUCCUCGUCGACACGCCCGGCGUGUUCGUGCCGUACGUGUCCGACCCGGAGCGCAUGCUCAAGCUGGCGCUGGUCGGCUGCGUCAAGGACGGCGUGGUGCCCAAGGAGACGCUGGCCGAUUACCUGCUGUUCCGGCUGAACCUUGCCGCCGCCGCCGGUGCGGGCGGCUGCGCAGACGACGGCUCGGCCUACGUCUCGCGGCUGGGCAUGGACGGGCCGACCAACGACGUGGGCGAGUUUCUCGAGGCGGUCGCGCGGCGCGUGGGCAAGGUGGCCAAGGGCGGCCGGCCCAACUACGAGGCGGCGGCCGAGUGGGCGGUGCAGGAGUGGAGGGGCGGCGGGCUGGGCAAGCUGCUGCUGGACGAGGUGACGCCCGAGACGCUGGCGCGGGAGGUCGAGGCGUCCAAGGAGGAGACGCUGAGCUUGAACCAGGCCCGGAAGCGAGAGAAGGAGGCGAGGAAGGCGAGGAAGGAGGCCAGGCGGCUGGGCAUCUCGGGCGGUGAA